AUGACAACUGCGCUCUCAAGCAACAUCUCUUGUGGUUCGCGGGCUGCCCGGAGCUUGACACUCACACUCAAGGCCUCUGGCCCUCGAGUGCGGAGAGACAGCAUCGUCCCUCUUGUUCGCUACUCCUCAUCCGCGGCCACCACAAACGCGGCCGACGCACUCGAAGCGACACGCACAAACACACCUGCCGUGAAAGGCGCAGAAACACCACUAUCCGAACUCCCACCUCUCGUCCUCUACAGAUCUCUCUUCAUCAACGCCGUAUCUUCAAGACCAUGGCUUCUGGUACCAUCUCUCCAUCUUCUCCAGAAGCUCUCCCACCCGGGAAAUCCAUUCCUCUUCAAUGUUGACCGCAACCCGCUGCUGCGCUCCCUUCUCAAGCACACCUUCUAUAAGCAAUUCUGUGCUGGUGAGACACCAGCCGAGACACAGGCGACCAUGAAGCAAUUGCAGGAUAUAGGCUUCAAGGGCACAAUCCUCACAUUUGCGAAAGAGACGGUGUUUGACUCAAAAACGGGCAAGCAGCAGGGUCUUGGAAUUGAGACGUCGGAAAAGAACGAGUGUCAGUGGUGUGAUAAUAUCGCGGCGUGGAGAGAUGGGACUAUGAAGACCGUUGAGCUGUUGCGGGAGGGCGACCAACUGGCCACCAAAGUAACUGGUGCUGGACCUGUUGUUUGCGACGCUCUCACCAACGGCACCGAGCUCCCUAAGCAAUUUGUGGACGCUUGCUACGAGAUCUCUCAAAAGUGCAAAGACCGCGGCGCGUACAUUCUCAUUGACGCUGAAUCUCAGCAUUAUCAAUGGGGCAUCUUCCGCCUCGGCAUGGAGCUCCAGCAAAAGUUCAAUACCGACGGCAAGGUCGUGCUGUACAACACAUACCAGGCCUACCUCAAGAGCACGGUAGAUACUCUCGCCAAGCAUCUGCAGGCUGCUGUCGACAAGAACUUCACCCUGGGUGUCAAGGUAGUCCGCGGCGCAUACAUGGCCUCAGACCCACGCUCUCUUAUCCACGACACCAAGAAAGACACAGACGAAUGCUACGAUAAGAUUGCACAGGGUGUUCUCCGCCAGGACCUUGCCGGCUUCGGCACCAGCUCCAAGCCCUUCCCCUCAGCGAUGCUCCUCCUAGCCAGCCACAACAAAGACUCGCUCGUGAAGGCCCACGAGACGCACCAGCAGCGCAGCAAAGCGGGUCUCCCGACGGUGCCGGUCAAGUUCGCGCAGCUGCACGGCAUGUCGGACGAGGUUAGCUUCGGGCUGCUCAAGCUCAAGGACGAUGCGGGGGUGGCUCCCGAGGUGUAUAAGUGCACUACCUGGGGUACGCUGGCCGAGUGCAUGGCUUAUCUGACGCGGCGCGCUAUGGAGAACCGAGAUGCGGCUUCGAGGACGUUUGAUGAGUAUUCUGCUUUGAAGAAUGAGGCUUGGAGACGGCUUGCUUUUUGGAGAUGA